GCCUUUCCCGCCCACCAACACCCGAGGGAACAGCUAACAACAAAGACUCUAUGGAAAGCUUCAAGGCCCGUUUGGCAGACCAUGUGUUGGGAUGGCCGCCAGCUCUGCACACGGUUUUUCCUGACAAGCGGUGUUGCUAAAUUACCGGUAGGAUAUGAUCCAAGGUGCAAAAACAUGUUAAAUAUUAUAUUAAGCGAAAUUCUGGGGGGGAUAACCGGUGCGACAGGUAUGUAGAACACACGGUCUGCCAAACACCCCCUGACUGACUCGGGCCAGGCUGCGCACACGACAGCAUGCACGCAUCGCGGAAAACACAUUUUUCUGUCAUAGGGAAUAUGAUAGCACGGGAAACGGUGAGGUUGCCGAGCUGCUCUGGCCCAUUCCGAAUAGCCCAAAGCUCACCAGUGCUCACAUCGCUUCACGGAAGAAGAGAUAUCUGCAUGGUCUCUCCGUUUGUUUGAAGCGUGCAUGAUUCCCUAUCGCCCGGUAGAAUUUGUUUUGUUAGUGAGUUAUUGCCAACAGGCAUUCAGGCUUUGAGUUUGGCUCGGGUGUUCCUCUUUCGGUGAUCCAGUCUCAGAGGUCGCUCACUAUACUUGUGCGGAAUGCUUUCAGAGGCCACCCGACCGUGGGGCCUGGUUGUACGAUACCACACCGUUAAAAAUCUUGAAAUCUAUGAUCAGAUUAUCAGUCGGCAACUGCUGGCCCGCCCAUGAUGGGCUUUAUUGACGAGUUAACGAAAUUGUGGAUACCGGUUAACAUCCAGCGCGCUGAUCUCGUCCCGUGUCAUGAAUACACUCAUCCUUCUCCGCCGCUUUGCUACCUAGAAUCUGGAGAUUACGGUUCUGGGGGAGGGAGU